CUCAAUUGAUCAUAAAUCGAGAAUUACGAAAAGUAGAUACUCGAUUGACAGUAUGUUAAAAAAAUAAUAAAUAAAUCAAGAAUUAAUUUUUAACUUUCUAAGCAGUGCUAUAAUCAGUGUUAUAAGUGUGUUAUCUUAUGAAUAACGCUGAAACGAUGUCAGCGACUAAAGAAAAACAGAAAAUUAAGAAGAUGAGUAAGGCGCAGAUACAACUAGCUAUAAUAAAAAAGAAGCAAUGCGAUGCGAAAGCUCUUGCGAUAGUCGAGCAGCUCUUGGAACCAAAUAUAAAUUCUGAGUGGCUACUUCAAAAUCUAAGGUUUAUAAAUAAAAGUCAUAUGGAAGACAUUAUAGAAGAGAGAGCGAUAAUAAAGCUGUGUGGAUAUGUUCUCUGUUCAAAACCAUUGACUGUCAUUAUCCGACAACAGUAUCACAUAUCGGUGCAUAGAAACAAGGUAUACGAUAUUAGUAGACGGAAAAAUUUUUGUAGUUCAUCGUGCUAUGGGGCAGCCAAUUAUCUUCUCGAACAAAUGCUGGAGAGUCCACUAUGGUUGAGAGAAGUAGAUGAUAUACCAAUUUUUCGAAUUUUGCCCAUUAAUUCUAAGUCUAAACAAUGUGUACCUGGAGAUGAAAUAAAUAUUGGUGAGAUUAAUCCACAAAAUAUAGAUGCUGACAACAAAACAUCUACAAAAUGUAGCGGUCAGCAAACAAAAGAAGACAUAUCAUCAAGCCCUGAGGAAAAAAAUAUAUGUAGCUCUCGUUUAUCGAAAGAUAUAAUUAAUGAUAACAAUGUAAAAACAAAAGAGAUUCCUAUAAAUAGUAAUUCUGAUAAAUUUGAAUUACAUUCAUUAGAUGUAUAUAUGAAUCAAGAGAAGAAAAAUCAAAACUAUUCAGAAGAAUCUAUAGAUUGUAAGAGCAACUGUACUAAUAUUCUUAAAGAAAAUUUAGAUUCGCAGAAUUUAGAAAUAAAAAUUGCUGAGCAAUCUGAAAAUAUUCCACACUCGCACGAAUAUAAUAGCAGAGCUGCAGAAAACAAAAAUAUACAUGUUUCAUGCACUAAUAAGGAUAGCAAAAUAUUACAGUCUCAAUUAGACAAAAUAAUUAACAAAAAUGAUUGUAAUGAAAUAAUACAACCUUUAAAUGAAAUAAGUAAUGACAUAAAAAAUACAGAUGAAAAACUACUAUUUCAAUCAAGUAAAAUAAGUAAUGAAAAUAAUGAAAAAUUACAACCUCAGUUAAAUGAAACAAAUAAUAGUGAGAAUGAUGAUAGAAAAAUGGCACAGCCUGAAUUGGAUGAAAUAUAUAAAAAUAAUACUACAAAAAUGGCACAGCCUGAAUUGGAUGAAAUAUAUAAAAAUAAUACUACAAAAAUGGCACAGCCCCAAUUGAAUGAAAUAUGUAACAAUAAUGCUACAAUUUCUUCUGAAUCUUGCAAUGAAUAUAAGAAAAAGAGAGAUGCAAAUAGAAUUAAAAAUAAGAAAUAUAAACAAACGGAAUCUUGCAAUGCAAAAACACAAGCUAAUAUUUAUCACACACUUGUAAUGCAUGUUGAACAAAGUGUUAAAGAAUGGGUUACAGAAAAUACACUUUGCCUUCUAAUGGGUGAGACGGAUGAGAAACAUCAAUUGUUAGAAAGUCUUAUGCAGUAUGAUAGAUACCAACAACUGUGCAAAAAAUUAAAUAAAUUACAGCUAGAAGAUGAAAAGGAAAAGCGUGUCAAUUUAGAGAGAAACGUGCUCAAACCUUUGCCUCACUUCUCUGCACUUCAAGAGGAGGGAAAGAAAAUCGAUUUGAAGGUGCGUGCAUUUUAUGAAGGACGAAUGACAAUAACGUCGCCUGAAGAUAAUAACAAGGAGUCAAAUAGUAAAGAUGAUGAUGAUUUUGUAUUACCAUUAACAGAUGCUCACACUCCCAAUGCACUUCGCCGCCGAAUUUUCUUGGACAAACUUAAUAAAAUAUUGCCAGAUUUGAUGCGCACUUUAACGACAAAUGCGGGCACUUCUUCAAUGGCACAAUGUACUUAUGAUCACGAAAGAUACUCAUUAAUCAAAAUGUUGAUUACCACUUUUAAUUUAUCUGCUUCAAAUAUUGUUUUUAAAACUGCUGAAUGGACACUUGUGGGACUCAUCUUGAUUAAAAUGUUAAGUUUAAUUGAUGUACAAUUGCAAUCAUUGCUCCAAUCUAAACAAGUCUCGAUGUAUACAUCAAUGAUUCUUAUGACUUAUAAAUUGGAUUCCAGCUAUUUGGACAGACUCAUAAUGGAAGUAACAAAUACUGUAAAUACAUCUAAAUAAAAUAAUAAUAUUAAUUGAAAACUUUGUACAAAAUAUAAUUUUAUAUAAAUUAAUUUUAUAAUUUUUUAACUUUAUUAUCUAUCUUCUUACAUUUUUAAUCUGAUAUAAAAUACAUUUCAAAAAGUUUAAUUACUUAUUGUAUAUAAUAAU